GCGUUCACAAGCUUUUGAUACCACAUUCAAAGCACUUAUAAUUACCUUAAGCAAACAAUCUCAUACAUAAUUAUUUUUUCUUGUAAUAAAAUAACUAAUGGCAUCCAAGUUCAUGAAGUUGUCAUUCGCGGUGGCGUUGGUGGUGGUUUUAACGACUUUGUUUACACCCGAGGUGGAGGGGGUGACAUGCGGUGAGGUUGUGAGCGCUGUAGCACCGUGUCUAGGGUACUUAAGGAACGGUGGCGCUCCACCAUCUGUAUGUUGUAGUGGGGUUAGAGGGCUUAGAAAUAAGGCGAGAACUACGGGUGAUCGUAAGACCAUUUGUAAUUGUUUAAAGGGUGCUUCUUCUUCUUACAAGGGUGUUAGUGGGAAUUAUGCUGCUAGUCUCCCUGGUAAAUGUGGUAUCAACUUUCCUUACAAGAUUAGCCCCUCCACAGACUGCAACAGGAUCCAAUGAGGUAGCCAUGAUUGAUAUGAUGAAUCACAAGUCAAGCUACGAUGCAUAUGAACAUCUAUACCACGACAAUAAAGUUCUAAUUCCGGCUUAGGAGAUUAAAUAAGCACUUUUCUUUAUAAUUGGUGCAUGUAUUUGAAAUUUAAUCAUCAUGAUUUCAUCCUUUGAAAUCUUGGACGAUAUGAUGUUUUAGAAGAGUUAUAUAUUCUAUAUAUGUUAUAAAAUAAGUUAUGGGGUGUUAUAAUCCUAUUGUUCACA